CCAUAUUUAUCUGCACCUUUAUCCCAGCAACAAUGGAUCUUCUCUUACUCACCUUCAUACUAUUUGUGAUCUUUCUACUUUAUCAAUGGAGCAUGACCUUCAGAUUUUUCUGCAAGUUGGCCUUCAUCAGUUGCUGGGUUUUAUUCCUGUCUGCCACAAUUUCCCCUUGGGUAGCUGUAUUCAUUGGACAAAGAGUGGAAAACUUUAAGUUACUCUGCUUCUUAAUUCGUCCACUCAAAUAUAUCUACAACAUCACAUUCACUGUGCAGGGCUCUGAGAAUUUGAAUAUCAAGCAGUCAUAUGUGAUUGUUUGCAACCAUCAGACAAAUUUUGAUCUUCUUGCAAUGGCAGAGAUCCUGCCAGAGCGCUGUGUACCAAUUACCAAAAAAGAGCUGUUAUAUUGGGGGCCUCUGGGCUUCUCUGGUUGGUUAUGCAACUUAGUUUUCAUUGAUCGCAAGAAGCAGCACCAAGCAAGGGACAUCUUAGGACAUCUUGCAGAGAGGAUACAGCAUGAGAAGCUGAGGAUCUGGGUUUAUCCAGAAGGCACCAGGAACCGAGAGGACACCAUGCUUCCCUUCAAGCGGGGCGCCUUUCACUUGGCUAUAAAGGCUCAGGUUCCCAUUGUCCCCAUUGUGAUAUCUUCUUACAAUGAUUUUUACAGUUUCAAGAAUAAGAGAUUUGAUCCAGGUAAUAUAACCAUUCAGAUUUUGCCCAAGAUACAAACACAAGGACUUGACUUACAGGAUAUUUCUGGACUGGUUGAAAGCACUCGCAGAUUGAUGCAAGACACGUUUAAUGACAUUUCUGGGAAGAUUGUGCAGAGAAAGAUGAGAGACAAUGAGUGCUCGUGAUCAUAGAAGCCUCAGAAAAAACACUGGUCAUGAUGGAAGUAAAACAAGAACAUUUCUCUCCUAAAUAAGGCCAGGAAUUACCCUGAGUUGGAAAAAGACUAGCACUACCUUGUUACCUUGCUAUAAAAAAAAUAUUAACUACAUAUAAUCUCUUUUGGAUCUUUUCCAAAGAAUCUAUUUUGGAGAGGAUGCUUACAAUAAGAGGAAGAUCUCCAUGUCUACUUAAAUCCAACAUCACUAAAUAUGGUCUGUUUGAACAUAUACCUGCCAUCCAAGACUUAGGUUAUAAUAAGUAGUUCAAUAAUAAAACUUUACUACUGAAGAUAAAUUAAUUUGUAUAAAUGCUAAAGUUGUGAAAAAGAGGUGCUGUAAGUCUCCUAAGAUAAAACAGCUGUAUCUAGUUUGAAUGAGAUACAUUAUUUGCAUCCAGGAAAUUAUCAUGGGAAAAAUCUGAGCUGAGUCACUCAGCAGAGCUGAAUUAGGCAAUGCAGUCAAAUCGGCAAAAGUGUGUCACCAAAAUGUUAUCUUCCAGACUUCUUGCCUCUUUGCCUCCUCCUCAAAGUAUCACUCUGUACUAUUAUGUUGCAGAUUCUAGCAAUGUUCAGACUUGCCAUUUGGUUGGAAGAUUCCAAGAUGAAAUGUUUUUUGUAUUUCCACAUUCUGUGAGCGAAAGCCAAUUGUAUAUAGCUUGUUUUAACUGGCUACUACUGUAUUAAUCUUGUACUUUUUGUGUUUAGAUUUAUAAAAUUGCUGGAUCAUA